CUCAAGAGGAUACUGGACCGGAGGGCGCAGCGCAGUGCCUCCUGGGUCGGCGUAGCCAUGGCGGCUCGUGUCCUUUGCGUCUGUGUCCGCCGACUGCCCGCCGCCUUCGCGCCGCUGCCACGGCUCUCCACGCUGGCGGCGGCCCGGUCACUCUGCACUACCCUGUUCCCCGUGGGGGCCAGGGCGAGGCCUGGGGCUCCGCAUCCGGCCUCGGUGCUCACGCAGGUUCCAGGUGGAGUUAUACCGCUGUGCCGCCAGUAUAGUGACGCACCCCCUUUGACAUUAGAGGGAAUCAAGGACCGUGUUCUUUACGUCUUGAAACUCUAUGACAAGAUUGAUCCAGAAAAGCUCUCAGUAAAUUCCCAUUUUAUGAAAGACCUGGGCUUAGACAGUUUGGACCAAGUGGAGAUUAUCAUGGCCAUGGAAGACGAAUUUGGGUUUGAAAUUCCUGAUAUAGAUGCCGAGAAGUUAAUGUGCCCACAAGAAAUUGUAGACUACAUUGCAGAUAAGAAGGAUAUAUAUGAAUAAAAUAUCAGACCCCUUUUCUUCACUGAGAAGACUCAGAAGAUGCUGGCGAGUGUCUGGAAGUGAGAACGCAUCUCUGCAUCAUUGCUGACUUUGACAGAGUAAUUCUGUUUAGACUUGUACUUAAAUUGUCUUAAGUGUUUUUGCCUGUUGAAAAUAAAUCUAUAAAACCAACAUUUUUCUGUCUUCAGUUUUUUAAUUACAUCUCUAUAAUUGCUUUCUUUAUAUUGACAUUGCUUAGCAUUUUUAGAGAUUAGUCUGAUUUGUCAUUGAUAUCAUGCAUAUCAAAAAUAUGACUUUUCCAGCAGGGUACUUGAAACAAGUUGCUCUCCCAUCACCUUCAGCAUGAGGAAUGAAUUAGUGAUAAAAACCAUUUUGCCUC